AUCGUCAUCCCCCACAAGUCCUGUGGAUGUGGGCUGUGACGCUGUGAUUGGCUGACCAAUAGCAGACUCCGGGUCUCCAGGUGUGGCUUCACGCGCUGCAGAGUGCCGCGAAGGUAACAACGGUGAAGAUGAUGGACCCCAAGCAGAGCGAGGUACUCAACCUUGAGCGGGUGCAGGAGCUGGAGACCUGGCUGAAAACAACCAAUACAAAGCUGACUCAAGUUAACGGCCAGAGGAAGUAUGGAGGACCACCUGAUGUGUGGAUGGGGUCCAUUCCAGGAAACAACUGUGAGGUCUUCAUCAGCCAAAUCCCACUGGACGCCUACGAGGAUCUGUUGAUCCCCCUGUUCAGCUUGGUGGGGCCACUCUGGGAGUUCAGGCUCAUGAUGAACUUCAGUGGCCAGAACCGCGGUUUCGCCUAUGCCAAAUACGGAUCUCCAGCCAUAGCUAACACCGCCAUCCGCCUGCUGCAUGGUCACAUGCUGGAGCCUGGCUGCUACCUUGUCGUCCGCCACAGCACCGAGAAGAGACAGCUCUGUAUCAAAGACCUGCCUGGCAAAACCAAGCAAGCGGACCUGCUGAAGGUGCUGCGGGCACUGACGCAGGGGGUGGAGCGAGUGUCUCUGAGAGCUGAGCCCGGUAUAGAGGGGGUGUCUGCUGUAGUGGUCUUCUUAUCCCACUACUCUGCUUCUAUGGCCAAGAAGGUGCUGGUGGAAGCAUUCAAGAAGCAGUUUGACUUGGACAUCAUUGUUCAGUGGGAGUCAAGAAUGAAGCCGAACCCUGACAAACCUUCAAAGAGAUGCCUGUCAUGUGUCCACGAGCCACCACAUCACACGCUCAACUCUCCACAGCCCUGUGUCCAGCAUCCUCGUGUGGCCCGCCCUCCACCCCCACCGCUACCCCUACCCCUACCCCCACCCCCACCCCCCGGUUUCUGCAGAGCAGUGGGAGGACCCACUUCCCCCAAGCACCCUCUCCCUCCAAGCUCCAUGAAUUCCUCUUCCUGCCAGGGGCACCUAGUGGCCACAGCAUGUUCAGCGUCCCCUGUGACGCUCCUGCAAAAGAUGUGCAAGGCGGCCGGGGUUGGCGAGCCCGUCUAUGAGAUUCACUACAGCCACACCGAGUCUGAUGGUUUCCUCUAUUUUACCUACCAGGUGUGUAUCCCCGGGAUAAGCCAUGCCUUCAAAGGGGGCAUUAUGACCUUGCCAGGACCCACUGCAACCGCCACGCUGGAGGAAGCUUGGCAGGCUUCAGCCCAGCAGGUCGUGCAGAGGGUGUACAACAGCCAGUUCACCGACUGACUUGGGUUCAGAUGAUAUGCAUUUCACCUGCUUCUACAGCACUGUUCCAGGAUCUGUUUUUGUUCAUGAUAUAAAAAACAAUGUUUGGUUUUAUGUGGUUUGUUUUCUGCAUGCUUUUAUUAGUACUAGAUUGGUUUGUGUUGUUUGUUCAGAUUGUUUUUAUUGUGUGUUACUGUUGGAUCGCUUCCUCAUUUUAAUUAAAUGAGAUUUAAAAGGAU